UUGAAACAUACCUCUUCUCAUCGUUUUUCAUUUGCAGCUAAGCCAUCACACCGUUCCGCUGCUUUGCAGCGAACCCCCCAGGCCAGUCGCAGAAAGCCUAACCAGCGGCAGCCGGCAGCCUCCUCUGACCCUCACCCCGGGCCUCCCUCCAUCCUCCUCUCAGACACCACCAUGACACCCUGGGGAGGCCUGGCCAUCUGUGAAUCCUCCUUUACCACCAUACCCCCUCCGCCUCCACCCCUCCUGCCCCCCGCUCCAAUGCCAACACCUCCCACCUCUCCCGUUGUGAAACAGGAGGAAGAUGAGGACAGUUCAUGUUCAAGUUUCGCCUCUGACUGGCUAUCUCCACCUCUGACGGUCUCUCAGAGAAAGGCAGGUGAAGUGGGGAAGGAGCUGGGCGUGAGGAGGAGAGUGCUCCCGCAGCGCCGGGUCCCUCGCCCCCCCCGUCUCCCGCCGCUGCGGCCCAUCACCAACCUCAGCUUCUCCCGAAGCUUCACCUUCUCCUUCUUCGAGCUGCCGCUCCACCAGUCUCCCCGCUGCCGCGCGGAACGUGUCAGAAACCUCUUGCUGCUCCUGAAACAGAUACACUACUGA